GGCUGCCCCGAGGAGUCAACAUGGUGACCACCAGCCCUGCCGAGGCGGCGCUGAGCAGACAGCAGAGCGCUCCGGCCAAGCGGCGGCGGGCCGAAGACGUGACCCCCGAGGAGCGGGCCGAGCCCCAGGACGGCGCCGGUGCUGGCCCCCAGCCCCGCGCGCCGGUCAAGAAGUGCAAGGCCCCCCCGGUGAGGCGGACUGCCGGCCGGUUCUCCUCCUCCUCCUCCUCCUCCUCCUCCUCGGGCGCCUGCCAGAUGCACCCGCUGGAGCUGCAGGUCUUCCGCGACUACGGGCAGAGCUGGUACCGCUUCCGAAAGGAGAUGGAGGGCAGGUUCCACCCACUAGACCCGCUGGCCAGGCAGCCACAAGUAACUGCAGAGUCCCGGUGCAAACUGAUCAGCUGGCUAAUACCAGUGCACAAACAUUUUGGCUUCUCCUUUGAGUCCUUAUGCCUGGCAGUAAACACUCUAGACCGCUUUCUCACCACAACCCCAGUGGCAGCUGACUGCUUCCAACUCCUAGGGGUUACCACCCUCUUCAUUGCUUGUAAACAGGUAGAAGUGCACCCCCCGAAGGUGAAACAGCUCUUAGCUCUUUGUUGUGACACUUUCUCCCACCAGCAGCUUUGCAAUCUGGAGUGCAUCGUGCUGAACAAGCUCUACUUCAACUUGGCAGCCCCCACCAUUAACUUCUUUUUGGAGUACUUCACAUACGUGCGAAUGGAAGCUUGUGAGGCUGAUGCCUGGGAGGCCAACAAUGCCAAGAUCCUGGCCAAAGGUGUAGCUGAACUUAGCCUGGCUGACUAUGCUUUUAACAAAUACAUGCCUUCCUUGCUAGCCGUCUGCUGCUUGGGGCUGGCUGACCAGAUGUUACACCACCAGAAACCACUGGACCUGCAUUUAAGUGACUAUUCAGAAGAUAUUUUACAGGAUUGUCUGGACAAACUACAUUUACUGGUGUCUUUGAAUGAAGACUCUUUGCCUCUCGUGUUACCCCCUGAGAUUUCAGAACAAUGUCUGCUUGUGGAUAAAUGAGAUAAAUUGGGGAGGGGGGCAGCUAUACUUGAAGCCCAAUUUGUGGCCAUUCAUUUGGAAGCUUGUAAUUUUUGUUAGUGCAAAGAAAGUUCACUGAUGGUUUUAAUACCUCUAAAAUAACAGUAUUCAUUUUGCCCUUUUUCUUGAUAGUUUUUUUUAAUUGGUGAUUUUUACAUGGUAUUUAUAUUUAUUCGUAGUGGAGGCUGUGAUGUCAGUGUAGAAUGAAAUCUGGUUAGCAGUGGCAUUGCUAAUCUUUUUAAAAAAUAUAUUAUUGAAGGCUUUCACGGCUGGAUUCAACUGGUUGU